UUUUCUUUCGAAUUCAUUGGUCCACUUUUCCCAGUUAUAAAUUUGUGUUGAUUCUCUUCCCAUCUCUUCUUCAUCAGCAUUCCAAAUCCAAGGAAGCUUAGCUUGCUCAGCUAAUUAAGUGGAAACAAUAUGCAAAGGGGAAGAAGAGAGCAAGACGGUUCCAGCAGCUUAAGCAAUACAUUUGGAAAGCUAGGGGAAAAGAUUUGCAGCAUUUUUGGAUCCAAUAGCCCCCCUUCAAAAGCAACCCUUCCUGAUGAUUUGCCAGAAGCUAGUAGGUCCAAUGGGCCAGUCAUUGAGGAGCUAGAUACUGAUGAUGAUGAUGGUGAAGUAGAAAGGAAUGGAGAAGGGGAUUUUGGGGAAAACAGGCAGAAAAUUUGGUCCAGUUCUUGGGCUAACAGAAACCCGGUUGUUGAGCACCCUGAGGAUCUAGCAGACGAGCACAACGAGCUCAAGAAAUUAAGGAAAAAUGUAUCCUUUGAAGGAACUCAAAGUGUGGGGUACAGAAGAGUAACGUAUGGUGGGAUACAUGGAGCCUAUUUAACAGCCACAACAACUCGCCAGACUGGAAGUGAUGGUAGGGUCUGGGAGGAGACCAAACAUGCAGAUGUUACAACUGGUGAAGCAACACACACAAUCUCCAGAGGAAUUCAUGAUAAGGGGCACACACUCACAAGGAAGCUUAAAUCAGAUGGCAAGGUGGAUACUGUGGAGACUUUGCACAAUUUGGAGGAAGAUGAAUUAGUUGGUUUUGACCGGGAAUGGAAAUGUAAUGCCAAUAAGCAUCUACCUGGAUGGAAUAUCAGGCGCAACUACAAUGCAGGGUCAACUAGCGAUCGGGAUUCUCCAUUUAGAGAGGGGUUUGGCCUUGAUGUCAUGGCACGCUCAUCUGGGGCGAUACAAAAAAAGGUUGUAACAAUUAACAUUGAAUGAUAUUUCGAUAGUUUGGGCUUUGAAUGAAGGUGGACAUUUGGCUUAGUUAGCCGAGAAUGCUGCCGUUAGUGAUGUGUUUUCGAUAUGGCAGUAAUGCAAAAGAAAGACCUUGCCUUGAGUGCUUGAUUAUAUGGAAUAAACAAGAAUUGCAUUUCCAA